CGACACUUUUCCUUCAAAUUUUACUUAGAAAUAAACUCGCUAAUCUAUAUGGACAUCACGCAGACUAUUUUUCAGCUGCAUUUUCAAUGACGUACGUACAAUAGGCUGACAGAAUUGGGCAAAACAACGUCUGGAAGCGCCAAAUUUAAUUAUCCGAGCCUGGCCCUGUCAUGGAUAUGAAAAUUGGAGACUCGUCAUUUGUGAUCAUUACGGGAUCACCGCAAGAGAAUAAGCACAAAAGAAUUAGUCAUGUGCGAUCGCAUAUCAGAAACUCCCGCCUUCGACAUGAGGUCCACCAACAGAGACGGAGACCAGCAAAGGCGACAACAAGCUCACUGCUAGUGUCUUAUCCACCGGCACUGGGAUCGCCAGAAAGACAGCUGGCAAAGACGGUGGAUUUAUCGUGGCUGCCUGUUUCUGAAGCUAUAUGCGAAAGGAUGAAAGCUUUUUUCCGCCAAUACAUCGAGUCGAGCGCAUAUGUACAUCCGUUUUUGCGCUCUAUGAUCCCAGCUAUGGUUGUGCAUGUACCGCUGAUGAGCGCCAAGCUCGUUAAUGCCACUGCUUGGGACGACCUCAAUGGCCCGGAUUGUGAAAUUAGUGAAUUGACACUUUUUCAGAGAGGAAUAACUCAGGGGAUAAUAUCAGACUCUAUAGCGGAUUCGAAAUCGUCAGGCAGCGAUAUUAAUAUCACGGCACUUAUGACACUACUGGCAUUUGAGAUUGUCAAUGGCGAUAAAUUGGUUUAUAAUCGAUACAAAGGCAUUAUUUACCGCCUAGUUGAAUCAAGAGGAGGGUUAGAUAAAUUAGGGUUUGACGGUAACCUGAAGAUUAGUUUGUUAGCAAUCGAGCAACUUGAAAAAGUGAUCAAAGGCUUUUCGGAAUCGCCUUCUCCACUCGACACAAUAUCUCUUGGGCGAUAUGAUCAACAUAGUCAUCCAUUGUCUCUACCUAAUGAUUUUAAAGUGUUUACGUUCGAACAAGGUCAAAAGGAUUUAUGGUCACGGCAAAUCAAUAUAUCUACUCUCCGCCUGCUCAGUGAUUUUUAUCAGCUGGUUACUCUAUCUAUAUGCUAUCACCGCUCGUCCGAUGACCCAGUCAGGCGUCAGCGUACCCUGAUCCAUUGGCAUUUCCUUCAUGAUAACCUAGUCAUGUUGAAGUCAACCCCUUACUGCGUGGAAAUGGAAUUAGACCAUAUAUUACUGAACGCUAUCUUCCUAUUUGCUUCGGAGGUACAUGAUGACUAUUCACAGCAAAAAUCCGUUAAUGAAUUGCGAAAUAUUCUCUGGAAAUUCAAGGUGGACAACUAUCAUGGGCCAUUACCAGGUGCUCUGAUUUGGUGCUUGGCUGUUGGUGCAAGAAAUAGCUCACCGGAUUCCUUCCGUAAAUGGUUUCUUAUGCAGCUCACGCGAAUUGCAUGCCCGUCGGCGUUGGAUGAUCCUACAGAGGUAUCGAAUAAUCUGGAUUUGAUCUUGGCUGGUUUAGAUACAGUGAGAAAUAUCCAAAAUGCGGCGUCAGAGUUUUAAUGGCAACCAUUAUAUCGAAGUAUAUGAGGCGAUGUCAAUUAGUGGUCUAUCAUUUGUCUCUGCUAUGACCAUAU